AUGCUCUGUCAAUUAUUUCUAUAUGCCAAUGUUCGACCUUGCUACAGCCUUUCUGGAUACAAAACUCGAUAUGAUGAUGUUGACCUCAUCACAAUCCGUGAAAAUACAGAAGGCGAGUAUAGUGGACUUGAACAUCAGGUAAAUUUCAUUUCACAGCAAUACAUGUCAUAUACCAUUAUCCAAAUCAUGAUUAAUAUAAUUUGCUUAGCAUUUUUGGAUGAUAGUGUUUCGAAGGUUAAUGGAAGUGAGAAUUCGGCAACUACAUCUAAAGGUGGAAGUAGUAGCUUUUCUUUUAGGUCAACAAGAUAUUUGCAGGGUGUUGCUAGUCCAAUGAAGAGAUCAAGUUCAUACAAUGGAAAGUUUCUUCUGUCUUGGUAUAGUCGCAGUCAGAAAAAGCCAAAUGCUAUUCUGAGAAGCUUUUAA